GAAAAAAACAUCUCAACUUGAUUACGAUCCUCAUUCUAUUACAUCUUUUAACUUCAUCUCAGAAGGUGAUGAAGAAGGCCUGAUCUUUAAAAUUUUCUCUAAAUUUAAAACUACUGUUGUUGUUCCUCAAUCUCAAAAUGUGUCUAUUGUCAUUGCUAAUGAACAUGUCCAGGACUAUAAGUUAACUGAUCAGCAAUCUUCUAUACAAUUAACCGAAAAUGAUAACAAUGAUAAUAUCAAUAGUAACAAUAAUAAUAGUAACAAUAACAAUAAUAAUGUAGUUUCCUCUUCAAUUAUUACAACAACCGAUACUACCUCCGCCGCUGCCAUAACCACCGUAUCAGAAAUAAUCCCCGUCAGACCACAGCUGGAUAUAUCCUUAACAAAGACUUCUUCUGUUGAUAGUAGUGAUAAUCAAUCAAUCAUGACAAAUUUUUCUGUUUCGAAUACAAACUCUUUGGGUCGUAUAUUAAAUAGGCUUCGGAAAUAUGAUUCAGUUGAUUAUAGUAAUAAAGAUUUUUGGAUACCUGAUGAACAAUGUAAAGAAUGUAAUAGUUGUAAAGCACCCUUUAAUUUAUUUAGAAGAAGACAUCAUUGUCGUACCUGUGGUCAAAUAUUUUGCUCAAAAUGUCUGAGUAAUAAUAUUCAUACAAGUCAGUCACUUCGUGUAUGCAAUAAUUGUUAUAAUAAAUAUCACGCAGACGAUAUCAAUUUAUUAAAUGAUGCUGUCAUUGAUAAUGUACAACCAUCACAGCAAUCACAAAAAACAUUUUUGAUCCCUACAAGUGCUGAUAGCAGUGACGACGAUGAUGAGUUGAUAAGUAAUAAUAGUGAUUUACAACAAAGAGCUUCGUUAGAGCUACAUUCUAUUGACGGUGCAAAAAAAUUGUUAUCUUCUUCCU